AUGAUGAGUUCUAACGACUCUUUGGCCGGUAGCCGUCGAGACCUCGGCGUCGACACGAUGCAGCAGGGUUCUGAAAUACAGGACAGUCCUCGCGGACCGCCGAGUGUCGCCUCAUCAAAAAGGGAAGAUGUCAAUUAUCAUCAUUCACAACCGCACGUGGUUCCACAAGGAGGUAUUCCCAUUCAAGGACAAGUGCUUGUUGAUCCAGCAACCGGACAACACUAUAUUGUGCCACAGGCAACGUUUUUCCCACCUGCUGUCCAGCCAAUGUACUUUCAAGCACCUCCAACACCGGUCUAUUAUCCUUAUGGACAAGUUCCAACACAGGGCUAUGUGAUGCAGUCAGCACCACCUCAAGCCCAAUAUUCUGUUCCACUAGCUGCUUACCAGCAGCGGCCGUACGGUUUUCGACCAGGUUAUGCACAGAGCACCGCAUCAAGUGAAGACAUUAGCAGAAGAGACGAUGAUAGAAGACUUGAGGAUCCACCACCGUCCUCGCCUUCAAUUUCUUUGGCCACUCAAUCUGGAUUUUUCCCCACAAUUUUAUUCCAACAACUGCAGCUGCAUCAUUUCCACUUCAAUACCGAUAUGUAUUUUUCGAUAGCAACUUUUAGCCAGCAACAAAACCCUCAGCGCAGCAGUCCCAACAGUCAGCCUGAAGAUCCUGAAAGUGGAAGGGAUGGAUUCAGGCGAGAUGUCACCCGUUCGAGCUCUGAAUUCCAGCGCCUGUCUGGUGAUUUUCGAAGACAAGGGAGCGGAGAGUUUGGCCGUUCUACUGACAGUUUCUCUCGUGUGUCUAACGGCGACAAUGCUAGAUCUGAAGCAUAUUACCGAGGUAGCGCUGCGGACAGCGAAGUGUUCAACCGAAGCAGUGAAGCUGCACGGAUGACUGAGCGGACUCCUCUCUACGGAGGGCCUCCACCUUGGUGGGGUCGUCAUCAAGAUGAGCACGGCGAUUCUCUUACCGAUGUUGAAAGCAGUCGUGUUUUCGAAGUAAAUGAGCCGCCAAUUGAAACGAUGUUUUUUACAGCGCCAUCACGCGCUGCGGCCACGGCAUUUACCGUCAAUUUUGAUUCGGCGGACGAAGAGGUUUCUCUUCAAGAUGCGGCAAGGAAGUCAGCUCAGGCUCGCCGAAUCCUUGGUCGUCGCUCGGGUGGAGGUUCUGCUACCUCAUCAGGUAGUCAGGAUAGCGGUCUAACGCGCGCCGAAUUCCCUCAAGGAAUAACGCGACAACAAACGUAUGUACUGAAUAAAUUUGUCAAAGUGUUCCUUUUUCUGUCACCCUGCUUACAUUCGCAUUUAGGUCAAAAUACGGAAGAAAAUCCUGAAGGGGCAGACGUUGAGGAUCGCAAAGAGUGUGAUGUGUCUAGCGAGGCUGGCACUUACGUAGUCGGUAGACUUGAGGCUCACGCGUCGGUCGGACGACUCACCUAUUCCACGUCAAAAGCCUGCAGUCUUGCCUCCAAAGUCACCCAUUGUAAAAGCAGCACCCUUUGCCAAACAGAAGCAUCCACUGGUGAACGCACCGAUUUAGCGAAAGAAAUGUCAAAAUUGCGUACAAUGGCUGGAAUUCGAGCGGCGGCGUCCCCAGCGGAAUCACGUUCUGCUGGAAACACAGCUCGCACAUCUGGUGUGUACGAUAAUUCACGUCCUGGCCCAGCAACUCCCCCUCAACUACCACGUCCAUGCACUGGGAGGGCUUCGCUAGGUGCUCAGCCAUCGAACAGAUCCAAUCUGGCUGCAUCUCGAGUUGGGUCGGCUUCCACGUCAAACGCCCCCUUCCGAAGAGGUGACGGUGGCCGAUACUCCAUGCGAGGUAAUGCUCCAGGAGUAGCACCAUCAAGUCCUCAGCAGAAUGUUAGAAGACCACCAUUUAGAGCCGGCACAGCUCCAUUGCGAACACCUGGCGCAAAUCUUGCCCAACAGAAAGAACAGGAGAUGAAUGCCUGGCUUCGCCGGAAGGAUUAUAAUCCAAUGAAGGCUGCCGCGGAAGCUAGGAAGGCAAAGGAACUGAAAGCUAGAAGCUGGAGAAUUAAUAUUUUGUUCAAAAUUUCAGAGGAGAGCAGUUUGUGUCGAAUCGAUCGAUAUCUUUCCAUGUUGGACCGGUUGCAGGCAAACCAGCUAAGAGAGAGCGAUUCGGAGAAAUCACACGUAACAGAUCUCAAGAGUCUUUGGCGAUCGAGGAGGCAGAAGCAUGCGAGUCAACGAGUAAUUGCCGAGUACUCUCGUGGAGUUGUACAAGAUAUCUCGCGGCUCUCCCAACAGAGCAGCCGUGCAAGUGGCAAACAGCUGAGCGGUUUAGCCCGUGCCGUGGACAUGCUGUCGCAGAAGUGUAAAAAGAGCAUAGAGCUGAUACGGUCACAAAACAAAGGCUGUUUGUCUGUCUCUGUAGAGGACCUCUUAGCAGCUGCUGCUGAUCCUCCUCGAAAAGGCGAAACUCUCAACGAGCAGUUGGACCGACUCUCAGAUGCGUUCGAUGCUGUUCAACGCUACCUCGAGCAGUACUCGUUAGAUGGCCAUCAGUCUCCAAUUCCGGAUUUCACAGACGACGCGUCUGAGAUCCAAUCAGUUGCGAGUUCAUUCACGGCGCAUAGUUCCUCACUCUCGGCAAGACACCGCAUCUCCUAA